AUGCAGAUUUUCCAGCACGUUGCAAUUCUUCCAAUAGAAACAUUAAUGUAUGCUUCAUGUGCUUUAACAGAUGUGGUAAAUGAAAAACUUUUAAAAAGAAAAAUGGAAUCAUCAGAAGCUGAAUCUUUUGGUCGCUUUAAAGUUUCUAAAAAUGUUGUGCCGCCAGAAACGUCUGUCGGUCGAUUUCGUUUAAUACCCCAAGGAUCACCAUUUCUACAACGCGGAAGAUUUUCUGUCAUCCCUGAGGAGGAAUCAACUGGAUCGCCUUCAACACAAGCAAAAUUACCGGGACCGAAAAUCGUUGUUCAGCCAUCGCCCGAAUGGGAUUUUGUAAGUUGCUUGAAUUAUUUUUUAAUUGGAGAUUGA